AUGCUCCGGCGUCGUUUUCGCGGCGGAUUUCUCCUAACGGGCCGUCGCCUUGUGGAGCUCCUCCCAUAUUUCUGCACAAAUCGCUUUAAGUGGGAGCGCGGGAAAAAAUUGAAGGGCGGCAGCGAGGAAGCCUGCCGGUGGCCGUGGGAAUGGAUUGGAGGAGCUACACAGACCGUACGAUCAAUCAACAACUUCAUUGCUAAAGAGCUUGAACUCCUUAGCAUCAAGAACCAACUUCCUCGUCGAAGAAAACGCCCCCAUGAGCCCAACGCAGUCAUGUUGUACAUGAGCAUUGGCAGCACGAAAUCGAGAGGGAUGAAACCGACUGCACCCACAAUAGCACUAAUGUCUCCAAAGAAAGGAAGCAUAGCCGCAACGGACCCACAGACUGUAACGUACAACGAACGAAGAAUGAUUCUCGGAAUCAGGUUUCGUAUGGAGAAGAUGCCUCGGUUCACGCCGGCCGAUUUCUUUUCUAUGAUCUCGUAA